GUUACCUGGCAACCCGUUGACUGAGCCAUGUGUUAGCACCUAGCUAGCUGGUUAGAGUGUAAUUCCUUAUCAACCGUUUUUGCUUCAGUGAUCGGCUUUAUAUAGCCCUCCGUUUUGUAUACAUAUCUGUUACCGUAAAGUGUCGUGACGAGACUGUCGUUGUCCAUUUGACAAGAAAAAUGGCAACGAUUUCAGUUCCUGAGAACGUUAGCGUUUUCCUGCUGGACAUUGAAGGAACCACGACUCCCAUCACGUUUGUAAAGGAUGUUUUAUUUCCGUAUAUCAAGGAGCACUUGGAAGAGUACCUGGGUGCGCACUGGGAGGAGGAUGAGUGCAAGCAGGAUGUCCAGCUCCUCAAGAAACAGACUGAGGAAGACUUAAAGCAGAAUAGAGCAUGCCCAGUCCACGCCGUAGACCAGACUGUUCACACGGAUGAAGAGAAGGCAAUCCGGGAGGUGGUGGAUAGCGUCCUGUGGCAGAUGGCCGCAGACAGAAAGACCACUGCUCUCAAGCAGCUGCAAGGCCACAUGUGGAGAGCAGCUUAUGUUUCAGGGAAGAUUAAAGGCGAAGUAUAUCAGGAUGUGGUUCCAGCUAUAAGAAGAUGGAGGCAAUAUGGUCUUAAAAUCUACAUUUAUUCUUCUGGAAGCAUAGAAGCCCAGAAGCUACUCUUUGGCUAUUCAAUUGAAGGAGAUCUAUUAGAUCUAUUUGACGGUCACUUUGACACCAACAUUGGUGCCAAAGUGGAGAGUAAAAGCUAUGAAAAGAUUGCAGAGAGGAUUGGCUGCUCCCCAGAAGACAUUAUGUUCUUAACAGAUGUCACACGAGAAGCAAAAGCAGCAGAGGAUGCUGGAGUCAACGUGGCCCUGGUUGUGCGACCAGGCAACAUGGAGCUGACCGAAGAGGAGAGGAACCAUUAUAGAACCAUCACAACAUUUAGCCUGCUGGAACUCACCAAAAGCGCUUAACAGAUAAGGACAGAACAGUGUCAGCACUCCUCAAGUGGACUUUAGCAAACGACUAGGCUGACACUGGAUCACAAAUUUGUAGCUUGUUACUUGUGGGGUUUGGGGAGGGGAUGUGAUGCAGCAAGUGCCAAGUGCAUUGUAGUUGUACCUAAUUAAACUUCAGGUGCUUGCAUAUGUUUUUUUUUUUUUAUUUUAAUUUCAUUUUUAAACAAAACACAAUGAAGUUGGUUUGUAAUAUUGCCAUUCAGUUUGAAUGUUUAUUGUGCUAUGAAACCACAUUGAUGUAAUUUAAGUUAUUAAUUAUGAAUUCAUUUUCACUGUAAUUGUACCUUUUCCUCCAUCCAGUAAACGUACGUCAAACUCAAAUGUUAUUUCAAAUACCUUUUAUGUAAAACCAUUAUUGCAAAGAACAAUUGUGCGAUGUAGGAAUGCAACAUUUAGGUAUACCCCAAAGGUUUCACUUAAGAACUAGAAUGUAGAGAGUAGACAACGUAUAAAGGAACGAAACCUUUAAAAAAAAAAAGGAUUUCUCAAACUCAAACUCUCAAACUGUGGACAAUAUUGCCAAUAUUUCAUUAAGUAUGUGUUUUAAACAUUAUUUAUCACUACAGAAAAUUGAAGCAAAUGGAGCAAAAUCUCAUAAAUGCAUCUCAUUUUCAUUGACAUGCAUUCAUUGUAAAUUGUGACCAGUUGACAAUACUGAUAAAGAAGAUAACAGUGCUUAGCCAGUGUUUUAAAUAUUACUACAAUAGCUGAAUCGCUGGUAGUUCAGGAGUUAAGGUUCUGUAUAAGUGAGCUAAAGGUCAUUUUGCACGGUAAUUUGUAUAUGACUUUGGAGGAAAAUAUCAGGUCAUUGCAAUUUGAACACCUUUUGAGGGAAAACAUCAGUGUCAAACUGUGGUAGAGUCUCACUACCUAAGACUUGAAUCACAGUAAAUACACUAUAUUGCCAAACAUUUUGGGACACCCCUCCAAGUCACUGAAUGAAAGGUGUUGUUUUUUAGGGGUUGGGUUUGGUCCCUUAGUUCCAGUGAAAGGAACUCUUAAUGCUUCAGCUUCAUACCAAGACAUUUAUUUUUUUUUUUUAUG